AUGAACCAGUAUGACGGCUCUUUUUCAUCUCGACUCUUCAUUCUCCUUUCUGACUUAUUAGUCUAUGCAACACCUUCCGAAUCCUCUGAUUCCAUUUUCUCCUCUACUGUACACAUGAGGCAUCGUCAACGGCCUCGACCCUCCUCCCGGCACUUACAUUCGGUAUUCCGGCCCUGGUCAGCCACAUCCAUGACCAGGACGAAUAUCACCUCGCCACCAGUCGAUUUAUCCUCUCCAUCUUUGUCCAAUGACUCCCCACUCGAAAGUCCCCAAUACGAGGCACCGCCAGCUCACCGAAUUUUACCAAGCCCAAGCUACCUUCAUCCCAGUUUUAUACGCUCUUUUCGAUCUCCAAUUCAAAACUUCGCUGGUUUGGAAGCAAGAACAGAAGCUUCGCAGCACCAUUACCCAUUGGCGUACAGUAGUCAGUGCAUCUGGCCUUCAUGUAUGCCUGAAGAUAGUCAUUUUGAUCGACUACCGCAACGUCUUUCUGCUACUGUCGCCUUGCCUUUACAUCACUGUAUCGUAGAGCCGUGGUGUCAUCUACCGCCUUUUUGGCUAUCUUCAAAAGAGGAUAAAAUGAAUGUAAAUUCAUUUCAUAUUUCACCACAUCGCUUCGACCAAGCCUUAGCAGUCUCCUCGGGAUCAGGUAGUUACUUCGGAUAUAGAGAAUGA